UUAAAAGCUCAUGGAAUCACUACAUUCCUAAUUUUGAAAAAAAUUGGAAAUUGAAGAUGUAUUAACGCUUUUCAAUAAAUUUGAUACGAAUUUCUUUGGCGAAAUGUUUAAGUUCAAGGCGGGGCUUAAAGAAUGGCGAAAUAGUAUGAAAAUGCCACUUCUCUGUGACAGGGAGACGUUAUCGGAUAACAGUCGAAUUAUAGAUUGGCUGGAGAAAAUUUCAUCAAACUUGAGUGUUUCUAGAGAAUCUACACCCUCCGCUCAGUUGCCACCAGUCUCCUCAAUAAACAAAACUAGGCUUAUCAACCUUUUAAAAAGCACAGUAAAGGGACAGACGGUGUUAACAUACAACGAAAAAUAUGGAUAUCUGGAUGCAAAAAGUCAAAGUACAAUAGCUCAUUGCGUUGUGGAUAGUUAUGUCGGAAACUUUGUGAAAAUGACAUACGCAGAAAUGCAGAAAUGGGCUAAUGCCAUCUCCGAAGUUUUCCCAAAAGAAAAACCGAUCGAAAUAGACUUUGAUAGCCUAUACCCAGGGAAGGGGAACUUAUUAUUUUUGAAAUUGGAAUCUUUUUAUAAAAGCAUAUUGGAUAUUUUUGAAAAAGAAAUAAAGGAUCGUCCUUCCAGAGAAUUGUAUUUAAAAUAUUUAUACAACAAAGACAUUUCAAACGGUACUAAAUAUUGCAUCACUACAAUUCUUCUUCAUGCAUUGCUGCCCCCUCAGCGCCUUAAUAAAACCGAUAAGCCUACAAUAGCCGAUGCUUAA